AUGCGAUGGUGUCCAAGUUCUGCAAGUUUUGAAGUUUUACGAGUUCAAGUCUUUGAUCGGAUUUGUGAAGAUGAAGGGGAGUUGGAACAUUUUUCCGCAAUUCUAAAAAAUGCUGGCGGACUGUAUGCUUCGGCGAGUGAAUUGGUAAAAUACUGUUUGCCUCAUCGGACACUCAAAGAAUUAAUUGAAACUCUUUGGUGUGCCAAACUUCACUUCAAUAAAAGGCAAAAAAUUCGCAAACAAGUCCAUGAUAUUAUGCAACUAGUUUCAACAAAUACUGCUAGCGCAAUUAUGAUAUAUGCUAUGGAAAAAAG